AGACUAAGAAAUGAGAAGCGCGGGGUGUCGUGACCCCCCACUCCCCCGAUGCGUGGCGCGUGGACGCUCCCCCGUGCUGCCAUGUUGGACUGAGCCGCUGAUGUCGCUGAAGGAGUUCUGAGGAAAGUUUGGUCUCCGCAGCGUCGGGGGUCGCGCUUCUUCCAGCAUCUGCGGACGCAAAGAGGUCAAGUUGUGUUGUAUCGGAAGCACAGAAAACGUGCGAUAAGACACGGUUUGACCGCCGUGGAGUCAGCAGGCAGCGGGCCCAUGCGAGGGAGCGACGACGGUGGGCCCCGUGUGUGAUCAAGGAGUGCAGCGCCGUGGCCCGUGCAGCCGUGUCGUGUCGGAGCACCGCGCGGAGCUGUCCAACUCCACUGUGACUGUGUGUGUGAGAGACACAGUGUGUGAAGAUGAGCGCUCCGCAGCCCCGCCGGGUGGUCAACGCGAGCUCCAUACUGCUCAGUCCUGCGGAGAACGAGGCGAUCUUCGCAUACCUGGGCAAGAAGUGCAGUACGUUGAGCUCUGCCGUGGUUCAGGUGUUUGAAGCAGACCGCAGCUCAUCCUGGGUGAAGAGGUGCUGUGGCGUUGCCUGUCUGGUCAAGGACAACCCCCAGAGAUCCUACUUCAUUCGCGUGUUGGACUUGAAGGAUGGGAAAACAAUGUUCGAACAGGAACUCUACAACAACUUUACAAUAAACUCACCUAAGCCCUACUUCCUGUCAUUUGCAGGAGAUUCCUGCCAAGUUGGCAUGAACUUUGCCAACGAGGAGGAGGCCAAGCGAUUUCGGGCGACUGCGAUGGAUUUGAUCGGAAGACGGCAGAGGAAAACGGAAAAAAGACGUGAUCCUCCAAAUGGACCUACCCUGCCCAUGGCCACAGUGGACAUCAAGAAUCCAGAGAUCCACCCUCGCCACCAUAACAGUGUGUCACACAGCAACUUCAGCAAGGAGAAGAAGAAAAACACAAAGGGCAAGCGCAAGAAACUGACCAAGGCUGACAUUGGCACCCCCAGCAACUUCCAGCACAUAGGACACGUGGGCUGGGACCCAAACACAGGCUUCGAUGUGAACAACCUGGACCCAGAGCUAAAGAACCUGUUUGACUUGUGCGGCAUCUCAGAGGCCCAGCUGAAGGACAAGGAGACAUCCAAGGUCAUUUACGACUUCAUUGAGAAGAAGGGUGGUGUGGAGGCCGUCAAGAAUGAGCUUCGCCGACAAGCUCCGCCACCACCCCCAGCCAGGGGCGGACCACCUCCUCCACCUCCUCACAGUUCAGGUCCCCCCCCUCCACCACCUGCGAGAGGAAGAGGAGCACCUCCUCCACCUCCUCCUUCAAGAGCACCCACGGCCGCUCCGCCACCCCCGCCACCCUCCAGACCGGGCAUAGGAGCACCACCCCCACCUCCCCCUCCUUCCAGGGGCCAUCUGCCUCCUCCCCCACCACACUCACAUAGCUCCAUCCCUCCAACAGCCCCACCUCCACCCCCACCCCCUUCAGGUGUUGGAUCUGGGGGUCCGCCACCCCCACCACCACCUCCACCACCUCCCCCAGGGCCACCCCCUCCACCAGACAUGGACAACGGGGAGUUACCGGGGAGUAAGUCAGCACUCCUGGAGCAGAUACGAGGGGGGGCCCAGCUGAAGAAAGUGGACCAGAACGACAGGCCGGGAUCUGGCACGGGCAGGGGUGCCCUCCUGGACCAAAUUCGACAGGGCAUCCAGCUCAAGAAUGUGUCUGAAAGCCCAGAGCCAGCCCCACCCACCCCUGCACCCUCAGCAGGCAUUGUGGGUGCCCUCAUGGAGGUCAUGCAGAAGAGAAGCAAAGCCAUCCACUCCUCAGAUGAAGAUGAUGAUGACGAUGAAGAUGAAGAUGACGAUGAUGAUGAGGAAUGGGAAGACUAGUGAAUUCUCUGAAACAGACACUAAAAUCUCUAAAUAUUGUCCAACUGAAUAUGUAAAUGGGCUGUCAAUUUGCUGUACAUUUCUGUUGCCUUUUGCCUUUUUUCUUUUUUAUCGAUCUGUGCAAUACCUCAUUUAAUCUGUAAAGUUUUUUUUGUUUUCUUUCUUUUGAAAGAUUUACCCUCAAUUAACACGUGCAAUGUUACAUCAGGACAAAUUUGGUUAAUUUGUAGAUUCAACUUUUUCAUUAAUCCAAAAAGGGAGAACAAAGCAACAAAUUGACAGAAUCCUUUAUGCUGUAAUUUGUUACUUAAUGUGAGAACACUAUUUUCAUACCCUACUUUUCUGUACUUAAAUUUUUCAUAUCCAAAUUGUCGUUUAACACUAUUUUUCUUAUAAGUGAGCUAUUGAAAGCUUGGUCGCUCCCCCCUUGUUUUCACUGUAAAUGUACAGAGUGGGAGGCCAUUCUAUUUUUGCACAAAUUUAAGAGAGACACUACAGGAACGAUAUGUACAAUGCCGUGUAUUCGCAGUGCUCACAAGCUGCGAGUACAGAAACAAGCUAGCCUGCAGAAACGACAUGCACAUCACUCUCUAGCUUGGAGCCCAGUGAGAUGCUUUACCGUAGUCUUUUCAAAAACACUUUGCGUGUCUGGUCACAAAUGUGUUGGUGAUGUUUUUUUUUGUUUUGUUUUUUAAA